AUGUCCUCCACAUUCAGCCUGAUGCUGGAGAGCCAGACCCCUAUGGAGGACUGGAAUGCAGAGGAGGGCCCCAGACCCGGGAUCUUCAGAGCAAAACCAGGAGACGCACUGCAGAGGCCUGAGGCCCAGCAGCAACCCAGCUCCUGGGCAGGGCACUGGUGUCCCAGGCAGUGUGGCUGUGAGCUGCUGGGAGCCCUGGGACUGCUGGCUGGAGUGAGUGUGGGCUCGUGGCUUCUAGUGUGUCUGUGGCCAGUGGCCUCGCAGCCCACCGGGACCUUACAAGAUGAGGAGAUGACUUUGAGCUGCUCAGAGGCCAAGGGUGAGGAAGCCCUGCCCUCCUCGCUUCCCAGCACAGUGUCUUUCAGAAUAAACACUGAGGACUUCCUGCUGGAAGUGCAGGUGGGGGCCCAACCAGGCUGGCUCCUGGUCUGCUGCCAGGGCUUGAUCCCUGCCCUGGGGGUGUGGAUCUGCCAGAGCCUUGGACACCUCAGAUUCACUCACCACAAGGGAGUUCCGUCUGACAUCAAGCUCAGCCGCUGGCAGGAGUUUGCUCAGCUCUCCCCUGGCCUGGGAGGCCUCCCGGGGGAGGCGUGGCAGCCAGCUGGUCAGACCCCACGAGGACCUGUGGGGGAGAGGGUCACCCCCCACCCUCUCUACAGUGCCCGGAAUCACAGCUACGACGUUGCUCUCCUGCGGCUCCGCACGCCGCUCACUUUCUCGGUCCCCAAGUCUUGGGACACUGUGCUCCGAGGCCGCUGUGUUCCUGGGCCUUGCUUUAUACCCUGCGGCCUUGCUCUGUGCCCCUUCAUCUUCACGGCUGCCUCCCGCAGCCCACGCUGGGACACGCUGCAGGACACGGUAGUGCAGCUGCUCAGCGCCCAGCUCUGCCACAGCUCCCGCGGGUGUAGCCGGGGCCCUCACUGUCCCCCCAUGCUGUGUGCCAGCUACCUGGACAGGAGGGCUGAUGCCUGCCAGGGGGAUAGCGGGGGUGGGGGAGGGCUGGUGUGCCCAGAUGGGAGCACAUGACGCCUUGUGGGGGUGGUCAGCUGGGGCCGAGGCUGCGCAGAGCCCAAGCACCCAGUCUAUGCCAAGUCUGCUGAGCUUUUGGACUGGGUCCAUGACAUGGUGUGGGUGUGUCUUGUGGGGGACUUGAAGGGCCUAAGGAAAGAGGAGGAGGUGAGAGCCUGGGGAAGGUUCUACAGAAUCCCUUCCUUAACCCUGAAGGCAGAGCUGGUGGAGAUUCUGGCCAGUGUCCACAUAUAG